GCUCACGCCGCCGAACGGCCGGGCCCUCCAGCUCCGCCGGCGCGGCCCCGGGGUUUGCCGUACAAAUGCGAAGAGUGCGGCAAGAGCUUCCGCCGUAACAAGGAGCUGGUGACCCACCAGCGGUUGCACACCGGUCGCUUGCCCUUCCAGUGCGGUCACUGCGGCAAGAGCUUCAGCUGGAGCUCCCAUUUUGACCGGCACCAACGUGUCCAUACCGGGGAGAAGCCCUACCAGUGUCCCGAAUGCGGUAAGCGUUUUAGCCGGAGCUCCCACCUCUACCGGCACCAACGCACCCAUGCCGGCGGUCGCUCUUACAUCUGCACCUACUGCGGGCGUAGUUUUGGUAGCACCCUCCAUUUUGACCGGCACCAACGCACCCACACCGGCCAACGACCCUACAAGUGCACCCUGUGCCGGAAAAGUUUUGGCGAUGGGCCGGCGUUGGUCAAACACCAACGCCUCCAUCUGGGCGACGGUCCUUUCCGUUGCGAAGAGUGCGGUAAAGCCUUCGGCGCCCGCGCCCAAUACGCCCGGCACCGGCGUAGCCUCCACGGUGGCGGUGAGAAACCCUACCGUUGCGGUGAUUGCGGGAAGAGUUUUUCCUGGAGCUCCCAUUGGGAACGACACCAACGGAUCCAUACCGGCGAACGACCCUACCAGUGCGGGGACUGCGGCAAACGGUUCGGCCGGACCUCCCACCUCUACCGGCAUCAACGUACCCACGCGGGCGGGCAGCCCCACGUCUGCGCCGAUUGCGGGAAGAGCUUCAACAGCACCCUCCACUUCCAUAAGCACCAGCGGGCUCACGCCGGGCCCCGGCACGCCUGUCCGGAUUGCGGCAAGGCGUUUGCCGAUGGUUCGGCGUUGGCGAAGCACCGGCGGGCGCACAGCGGCGAGAAGAGCCAGGUGGAGAAGAUGCUGCGGGAGCUGGUGCGGGAGCAAGGGCAGGGGGGGAAGCGCCGGAACCGCAAGAAAACACCCAAGGAUGGAGGGGAGGUGUCGCAGUGUCCCAGCCCUCAGAUCAGCUUCAUGGCCUCCUCCAGACCUGCUCCAACAGGUCCACAUCUGUCUCGGCCCAAGGACCCCUGGACGCAGCGUUCCAGACAUGGAGCCGUUGACCACAACCCCCUGGAUGCCACCAUCCACCCAAUUCCUGCUCCACCUCACGGUCCAUCCAUCAACCCCAUCCAACCAAGAGAGGAGGACAUUGUGGAGAACCACGUCCAAGGGAUGAUGGUGGCAGAUGUCAUCGAUGAAGCUAUGGAACAGUACUGGUCCCAGUAUGGACCCCCGAGGGACACGGCUCCUCACUGGUCUCCAUCCGGUCAUGGAGCCGUUGACCACAACCCCCUGGAUGCCACCAUCCAUCCAAUUCCUGCUCCACCCAAUGGCACCGGCACCGGGAGCGGGACCGAGGAGGAUUCGGCACCACGGGACGGUGAGGAGAUGGCGUUGGAAGAUGCCGAUCAGCGCCAAAGCGGGGAGCAAGCGGGUGAACCCCCUGUCGCCGGGUUCAUCCAACGCUCCGAUCUGGAACGGCAUCAACGGGUACACACCGGCGAACGACCCUAUACCUGUGCCGAAUGCGGGAAGAGCUUCAGUGUCAGCUCCCACCUCGACCGGCACCAGAAGAUCCACGCAGCCGAACGGGCAUCCUACCGUUGCCCCGAACAUCUAGCCGGCUUCUUGGCCGCUCACCGUCAUGGUCGCCUCUUCCAGUGUGCCCAAUGCGGGCGAUGUUUUGGUCAAGGGGCCGCCUUGCUCAAGCAUCAACGUGCCCACAGUGCCGGGGGAAGCGUGGGGCAGCCCCCUAAGUGCCCGGAUUGCGGCAAGAACCGUGGUGGCACGGUGGGGUUACGUCCCCGCGGUCAACAAUGUCUGGAUUGUGGGAGGGAAUCGGAUACCGGCGAUGGUGAGACGGCACCGGCGGCGCCGCCGGAGAAACCCUAUAAGUGCGGGGAGUGCGGGAAGGGGUUUGGGCAACGGUCGGCGUUGGUUAAACACCGGCGUAUCCACACCGGUGAGAAACCCUACACCUGCGGGGACUGCGGGAAGGGGUUCAUCCAGAAGUCGGACCUGACCAUCCACCGCCGGAUGCACACCGGGGAGAAGCCCUACCGCUGCGGCGAGUGCGGGAAGGGCUUCAGCGCCUCCUCCCUGAUGAACUGA